CCUCACUCUCCUGGAAACCCACCCAGAACCUCCACCCUCUGACACCAUGGUCAGCUCCUGUUGUGGCUCCGUCUGUUCUGAGGAGGGCUGUGGCCAAGGCCUCUGCCAGGAGACCUGCUGCCGCCCCAGCUGCUGCCAGACCACCUGCUGCAGGACCACCUGCUACCGCCCCAGGUGCUGUGAGUCCAGCUGCCACCGCCCCCAGUGCUGCCAGUCUGUGUGCUGCCAGCCCACCUGCUGCCGCCCCAGGUGCUGUGAGUCCAGCUGCUGCCGCCCCAUCUGCUGCCAGACCACCUGCCACCCCAGCUGUGGUGUGUCCAGCUGCUGCAGACCCCAGUGCUGCCAGCCCAUCUGCUGCCAGCCCACCUGCUGCCGUCCCAGGUGCUGUGAGUCCAUCAGCUGCUGCCGCCCCCAGUGCUGCCAGUCCUUGUGCUGCCAGCCCAUCUGCCGUGAGUCCAUCAGCUGCAGACCCCAGUGCUGCAUGUCCUUGUGCUGCCAGCCCAUCUGCCGUGAGUCCAGCUGCUGCAGACAACAGUGCUGCCAGUCUGAGUGCCGCCAGCCCACCUGCUGUCAACCUGCUUGCUGCAUCUCCACCUGCUGCCGCCCCAGCUGCUGCCAGACCACCUGCUGCCGCCCCAGGUGCUGUGAGUCCAGCUGCUGCCGCCCCCAGUGCUGCCAGUCUGAGUGUUGCCAGCCCAGCUGCUGCCGCCCCUCCUGCUGUGGUUCCAGCUCCUGUGGCUCCAGCUGCUGCCGCACCUGCUGUUGCCUGCGACCAGUCUGUGGCCAGGUCUCCUGCCACACCACUUGCUAUCGCCCCACCUGUGUCAUCUCCACCUGCCCCCGCCCCAUGUGCUGUGCCUCCUCUUGCUGCUGAUGCCCUGUGACCACCGUCUCUGUUUGCUCUGUUCUCACAGAUGUAGACCCUCCUACUGUGCUGACCCUUAGGAUACAUGGAGCCUGGCUAACAUAUUCAGUGGCUUGGACCCAUGAUUCCAAUGAGUCCAUUACUGUCCCACUGACUCUAGGAGCACAUUCUGGUUCACUUUAAACUCUCUCCCUUGCUAUCCUUUCCUUUCAAUAUCCGCACCAAAUAGAAGUUAAUUUGCAAUCCACCAGGUAAGAAAUCAUCCCAAUCCUCUUUCUCUUUCUUCCUGAUCACUUUGGGGCUCUAGAUUAAUGGUCAUUAUCUGCAGCCCCUGAGUGGCACUGACUUGACACCCUCAGACUGGGGUCCAGUUAUACCCUGUAUUUUCUCCUAGAGUGAAUUUCUUAUGUUUUGUUGCUUUUCUGCUUUCCAAUAAACUUUUCUGCACAUAAGAAUUCAUUGGCAUUGUUUUCA